ACGGCAGCAUUUUGAAGCCAAUACAGUUGACUGUCGCUUAGCUGUAUUGACUAUUUAAGUACUGCAGUUUCCUCAAGAUGAAUAUACAGGUUUUGGUCUCCAUUGUCACCGUAGCUGGAUUAGCUUUGGUUUUGCAAGUAUCUGCAGCUGAUUGGCAGCAACCACAUCAUCAUCAUCAUCACCCAAAACUGGGGUUGAAUAACUCAACAGUGUCUCCAAAUGUGAGCAGCUCACCGAAUGUGCCAACGCUUAAACCAAAUGUUACCAUUUCUCCUAAUUGGACUUCUCCUUGGGAUAAUGUUACAACGAUUUCUCCGAAUUUGACCACACUUGAACCAAAUGUGACUAUUUCUCCCAACUGGACCACUCCUUGGGAUAACGUAACAACAAUUUCUCCCAAUUUGACCACGAUUGAACCAAAUGUGACCAUUUCACCCAACUGGACCACUCCUUGGGCUAAUGUUACGACAAUUUCUCCCAAUUUGACCUCACUUGAACCAAAUGUUACAAUUUCUCCCAACUGGACUACUCCUUGGUCAAACAUCACGACAAUUUCUCCGAAUUUGACCACACUUGAACCAAAUGUGACUAUUUCUCCCAACUGGACCACUCCUUGGGAUAACGUAACAACAAUUUCUCCCAAUUUGACCACGAUUGAACCAAAUGUGACCAUUUCACCCAACUGGACCACUCCUUGGGCUAAUGUUACGACAAUUUCUCCCAAUUUGACCUCACUUGAACCAAAUGUUACAAUUUCUCCCAACUGGACUACUCCUUGGUCAAACAUCACGACAAUUUCUCCGAAUUUGACCACACUUGAACCAAAUGUGACCAUUUCCCCCAACUGGACUACUCCUUGGUCUAAUGUAACGACAAUUUCUCCUAACUUGACAUCGCUUGAACCAAAUGUGACCAUUUCUCCCAACUGGACUACUCCUUGGUCUAAUAUAACGACAAUUUCUCCCAAUUUGACCUCGCUUGAACCAAAUGUGACCAUUUCCCCCAACUGGACUACUCCUUGGUCUAAUGUAACGACAAUUUCUCCUAACUUGACAUCGCUUGAACCAAAUGUGACUAUUUCUCCCAACUGGACUACUCCUUGGUCUAAUAUAACGACAAUUUCUCCCAACUUGACCUCGCUUGAACCAAAUGUGACAAUUUCCCCCAACUGGACUACUCCUUGGUCUAAUCUUACGACAAUUUCUCCUAAUUUAACAAGCACCAGUCGUCCAAAUGGAACGACUGGACCUGCAGACUGGAACACCACAUGGAUAACACCAAACGUUACGGGACUCUAUCCGAACGACACCACGACUCCAUUCUGGAACUAUAUGGAAGAAAGAAGGCGAAUCGUUUCUUCAUACUUUGAAACAGUCAUCAGGAAGUUCUGGAGGAGAGGAGAGAGUGCACCUGUUCAGGUCCAAGAAUUUCAUAACAUUGAAGAAGAAGACGGCCAACAAUAAGAUGAAGCAUGCGAAUUGAAAUAAAUGAGUUAUUUUGA